AUGAGGAAGCAGAAGCUGACGACUUCGAAGGAAGAUGAGAAGACGAAGACGACCACGACAGCGACUGCCACGUCUGCGCCGGAGUCAGAGUCGAAGCCAGCGACUUUAAACGCACCAUCACCGCCACCAGCCGAAAGCUCCACUUCGAAAAACCAACCAGCUUCGAAAGCAUCUGCUCCGGUACCAUCUCCCGACCCAAAUCAAACCACUCCAUCAACCCUCGAAACGAUAAUCUCAACCACCGACCUCGCAUCCCCAUCCCCAUCCCCAUCCUCAUCCACCCCAGCACCCACCCCUCCACCCCCGUCAUCAACACCCACAAUCGCCGGCGCCGCAGCCGGCGGAACAGCCUUACUCGCCCUCGCCCUCGGCACCGCCUUCUACCUGCUCCGCCGCCGCAAACGCGCCCAAUCCCAGGCUUCCACACCCCAACACUGGGCCCCGCAAGGCGGCGUGGGAAGACCCACUCUACCCGACAUUAGCGGCGUGUACGAGAAAGAAGGGAAUGGACUGCAGCGAUAUGCGAAUCCUACACGUGCUGUGGGUCGAGGUCAUGUGCAACAGGCUUCAGUGCAGCAGGGCUCGAUUCAUCAUCAUGCCUCCACUGAGCGGGUGAAGUUGAAUGGCUCGCCGUAUCCAGAGUUGAAUGCGUUGUAUCAUGAACUGCGCUUCCCGCAUCAUGAGUUGGAGUCGCCGCAGCCGCAAACUUCGCUGCAGCAGGGGUGGGAUGGAGUGAGCGAAGUGCAUGCGGAGAGUCGGAGUCUCGUGAAUGAGUCGGAGGGUGGAGGGAUGGGUAGGAGGAUGGAGGGUGGGGAGAGGGGGAGAUAUUAUGCUGGGAAGAACUUUUGA